CCUUCAACCCAGUGCCACUUGUCCGUUCCCACAAGCAUUGCUUUCCGUUCAGUCUUCUUCGUCUCCAUCUCCUCUUCAGCAGUCAUCGAAAUGGCAAUGCGAAAGGUGGCAGAGAGUGCGAUCCGAACUCUGGGAUCUAGGUCUUGCCAAUCCAGGCAGCUCCAUGCAACUCCAGGAAGCAAGAAGAUUGUGGGGGUAUUCUACAAAGCUAGGGAGCACGCAGAGAAAAAUCCCAACUUUGUAGGGUGCGUGGAAAGAGGGUUGGGCAUUCGGGAAUGGUUGGAAUCUCAAGGCCAUAAAUACAUUGUUACUGAUGAUAAAGAAGGCCCAAAUUGUGAACUUGAGAAGCAUAUUUCUGACAUGCAUGUCUUGAUAACCACACCAUUCCAUCCGGCCUAUGUGACGGCAGAGAGGAUCAAGAAGGCUAAGAAUCUAGAACUUCUUCUCACUGCUGGGAUUGGUUCUGACCACAUUGAUCUGAAUGCAGCAGCUAAUGCUGGAUUGACUGUAGCUGAAGUUACUGGAAGCAAUGUUGUAUCUGUCGCUGAGGAUGAACUCAUGAGAAUUCUCAUUCUAGUUCGCAACUUCUUACCUGGUUAUCAUCAAGUGAUUAAUGGUGAGUGGGAUGUUGCUGCUAUUGCACACAGAGCAUAUGAUCUUGAGGGGAAGACAGUUGGGACUGUUGGAUCUGGUCGCAUUGGGAAGCGACUGCUGCAGCGUUUGAAACCCUUUAAUUGCAAUCUCAUCUACCAUGAUCGGCUCAAGAUGGAGCCAGAGCUGGAGAAACAAAUUGGAGCAAAAUUUGAGGAAGAUCUUGAUGCUAUGCUUCCAAAAUGUGAUGUGAUUGUUAUCAAUACUCCACUGACUGAGAAAACCAGGGGGUUGUUUGAUAAAGAAAGGAUUGCCAAGUGUAAGAAGGGGGCUGUCAUUGUGAACAACGCUCGAGGCGCAAUCAUGGAUACUCAAGCUGUUGCAGAUGCUUGUUCAAGUGGGCAUAUUGCAGGUUACAGUGGUGAUGUCUGGUAUCCUCAACCAGCUCCGAAGGAUCACCCUUGGCGGUACAUGCCGAAUCAAGCAAUGACACCUCAUAUUUCCGGCACUACCAUCGAUGCCCAACUUCGAUAUGCGGCUGGCGUUAAAGACAUGCUCGACAGAUAUUUCAAAGGCGAAGAUUUUCCUUCGCAGAAUUACAUUGUGAAGGAAGGUAAACUGGCUAGCCAGUACCUGUGAUCAUAUCUUUUUCCGACUAAAUUGGCAUGCCGAAUUGCAAAUCCUGGUUCUUCCAUUUGAGGACAUGCCAUCAGUGUUUUUAUGUAAGAUGCUUGUCAACUGUUUGUGACAGUUCCAUGUAAUAAAUCAGAUAAACUGAUUGUACUGUGUGGAUUAUAUGCAUCAAUAUGAGGCCUCAUGCUGUUUCUUUA